AUGCCUCUGGAAUACCGGGCGCCUGAAACGUUGCUUUACAUAGGCUGGAGUUACCCAGUUGAUAUAUGGAGUGUCGGUCUCACAGCCUGGGAUCUCCUUGGUCCCAAGAGCCUUUUUACAGCCCGCGAUGAGGAUGGUGGUCUCUACGACGCCGCCCACCUCGCUCAAUUGAUCGCUGCUCUGGGCCCUCCACCCCCGGAGUUCCUAGUAAAGAACCCUGUGAGGAGAGCUGACUUCUGGGAUGAUCAAGGGAAAUGGCUGGGUCUUGCGCCCAUUCCAGAGGACCGGACAAUGGAAUCGCUCCAGAAUCGGUUAGAGGAUAAAACAGGCUUUCUCAGGUUUAUUCGGAGAGCACUGACCUGGCUGCCUGAAGAGCGAGCCACGGCAAGGGAGCUUUUGCAGGAUCCUUGGUUGGCUGCGAAGGAACCCCAGAACGGCACUACAAUAUGAGCACUGCGCCGUCCUUAUCUCCCUUGCCUGUUGCUCUACAUACAAGACUGAUAAGGGCGGCCAAGCGUGCCUUCCAUUUUCGUGACAUCAAAAAUUGCGCUUCCACAUCUGAAAGUAGGCUGGUCCGUACGUUCUCAUGGCUGGUGUAUAGUUCAAUAGUUACAGAAGGAGUGACUAGUUAGCGUAACUGCAUGUGGCCAUAUCAUGUCGUGCAAGUGGUACACAGCGGCAUGAUUCGAUCAAUAUCCCUCUGGAUCAACUUUCCAAUAGUCAAACAUCUAUGCUAGUCCCAACAAGCUUGUUCUCGCACAAGAUG